AUGGAAGACACAUCACCUCCCUUGUCACCAUCGCUCCAACCCACGCACCCCAGUCUUCUGUCCACGCACAGAGGACUGAUCGAAACCAUCGCAUCCUUCCUGACCGUCGCGACGCACCACAUCAUCUUCCUCCGCCGCAUCUACCCGCCCAUCAGCUUCCUCUCGGUGCGAGCAUACAACUACGCUGUGCGCCAGAACCGGCACCCUGCCGUGUGCGCGUGGAUCAACGACGCCAUCUCCGCCGUCCAGGACCAACUCGAAAGAAACACCGUCGAGAAGGUUUCACUCUGCAUCUACGAGUGCCGGAGCAACCGCGUCCUCGAGAAAUGGACCUUCGAUCUCCACUCGCUGCCCUCGAUCUCCCGGAUCGAUCGCGACAUCCCAUUUGACGCAGCCGAGCCGCCGCCGGAAACGGCAGAAGACCAGCUUCUUCUCACCCACGCCCUCAACGUCGCCGACCUGGAAGCCAACUUCCGGGCGACGCUUUCGCGAAUCAGCACGGCCGCAGGGAGACUCGGACCACUCCCCGACGGACCCAACGCUCCAGGUUGCAGCUUCACGCUCGCCAUCGAGGUCAAGGACGACGCCGAUAGACCCGUGGGGACCGUCGAACCCGAGGAGCGGAGAUGGAUGGCCGCCGACCCCCCGCCACCACACCCUUUGACCCCCACGACCACAGACAACACGGCCAUCCCCGCCCCGGAAUCUGCCUCGCAGGCCCAGACGCACUCGGUCCGCCGCGUCGAGACGGGCGAGUUGCGCAUGGAAGUGUGGGUUGAAGAAUCCGCUGCGAAAUUCGACUACAGCCUACCGCCGCAGCCCGGUGCUGCCGCCGAGAGACGGGCGGCGAAAAUGUCCUACGGCGCCGGCAAGGACAAGUUCAACCCGCAAGCGGCAGGUCAUGCGUCCGAAUACGAUCUGGAAGCGCCAGACGUGAACCGCAAGCCCCAAGGAGGUGCGAUGACGGAUUACCAACGAGAUCGAUGA